GGCCUCGCCCCCAACAGCCACCAAUCAGGAACCGGGGCUGGGCCCGCUGACGGAAGCCGUGCGUCACUUCGUGCCCGGAGCGGAGCGGACGCUGGCGCCAUGAGCUGGGCCCGGCUGGCGUCUUUCACAGUAGCACUAAGAUGGACCAGAGGAAGAUCUGGUCCUUGCAAAGUGGAAUACAGCACAAAGUCUGGGAACCCUGGGAGACCUAUCAGCCGAUACCCCGUUCCUUAUAAAAAGGACCUGCCAUAUGACAUUGUUGAGCUGAUGGAGGAGGUGGAGACCAAGGGUGGAUUUUUGCCAAACAUAUUUAAAGCACUGUCGUAUCGGCCUGUGGAAUUCAGAGCAUUCUUUGCGUACUACAAUGCUCUAAUGAACAAAUCAACAGGAAAUCUCAGCAAAGCAGACAAGGAACUGAUUAUUGUGGCCACGAGUGUGAUUAAUCACUGUCCCUACUGUGUCAUAUCGCACAGUGCCAUACACCGAUUGUAUUCAAAAAACCCCAUUCUGGCAGAUCAGGUGAUUGUGAACAGGGAGCUGGCAGAUUUGGAUGAUCGCCAGCGGGUUAUGCUGGAUUUUGCCCUCGCUGUGAGCAAAUCAGAAAACAUCAGCGAAGACCAGCUGAAUAACCUGGAGAAGCAUGGCUUUGACCGGGAUGAUGCCUGGGAUAUUGGCACAAUCACAGCAUUCUUUGCAAUGUCCAACCGUCUGGCGCAUGUCAUUGGUCUGCGUCCAAAUGAAGAGUUUUAUGCAUUGGGAAGAUUGCCCAAGGAGAAAGAGAAAAAGGAGGGUUAAGCAAACCCGAUGACCACUUUCUGUUUCUCAGUUCAGUCCAAUGCUUAAUUUGAAAAUAGAAAACCAUAUUUACGUUUGAAGUGAAGGCUCUGGAAUUCUCAUCUUCUCAUUGUUCAAAAUACAAAUUUAAAACUACAAGCAAACACGAGGAUAGAAACAUAGAAAAAUAGGUGCAGUAGGCCAUUCGGCCCUUCGAGCCAGCAGCACCACUCAAUAUGAUCAUGGCUGAUCAUCUAAAAUCAGUACACCGUUCUGGCUUUUUCCCCAUAUCCCUUGAGGAUGAAUGCCAUGCUAAGAUGCAUUGAUCCUGGAUACCGAAUGCAGUCUGUAAAAGUGGGACAUAACCAGUGUGAUUGAGCAUUUAUUGAGAAAGCUCCAAAGGGGUGGUAGUGGCUUUUGGAUUGCACUUUGUUCUGUAUCAUUCAAUGUACACAUGUGGUAUGUAAACUUCACCACAUCUGGAUACUGCCAGCAGUUCUAAACUAAUUAUAGGUAUAACACAAUAAUUCUGCUGUGAGGUGAAUCCAGCCUAUACAGGAGUGUACUGUCUUUACAUUGUGUGGGCGUGAGUGGAUUAAUGUUAAACCUUAGUUUAUAUUUAAAAUGGAAGAUUUGAGGUUAUUUAGAAAUUAAUUGUGAUUACAGCAAUUUUGAAAUUAUUGUUCAGAGGAAUUCUAUUUAAAUUAUGUUUUAGUGCAAAAAUUGAGUUUCACUGUGCCUUAAUUGGUACAUGUGACAAUAAACUGACCUUGAAACCUUGAAAUUUAAAUCCGACAUGCACAAGGCAGCUAAAAAGAGACAGGUUAUUUUGAUGGGAAACCCUUUCCUUUAAUGGGACUGAAAAUGAGAACUUAUAGUUCAGUUGUGCCACAUGGUUUGUAAAUAGUACGAUAAAGAUGGCAUGAAUAUGGAGUUGUAAAUAUAAGGAAGGGCUUGAGAAACAUUUGAUAUAAAUAAUGACAGGUUCCUGGUGUAUUAACGAUUCUCAAUCAGUUCAGGGACAUGCAAGGUUUAAAGAAGGGGCCCAACCUGAAACGUUACCUGUCCAUGUUCUCCAGAGAUGCUAUCUAAUCUGCUGAGUUACUCCAGCACUUUAUGUCUUUUUUGGUAAACCAGCAUCUGCAGCUCCUUGUUUUUGUAGGGACAUUCCCCGCAUUUUUCUGGACAAUACGCUUCUUAAUGUGCCUAUUAGGAGAGAUAAAUAAAAUAACAGAUUGAGGUAAAACAAAUAACAAAUUGAAGUAAAAAUAACAAAUUAAGGAAGAACAAGAUUUGUAAAAGGGAUUAAGGUGAUGAGAUGAGUUUACACUGAAACCUGGAGGUAGUGUAAGCUGAUCAAGUAGAUUCUGCCAUUGAAUUUGGGAUUAUGAUAAAGGCAUUUUAUCUUAACGAAAUUCAAAUCAUGCUACCACAAUAAAUUUCAAUCCAGUUUAAAAUUAA